AUGGCGCAGGCCAAUAAUAACGGUGAAGAUUCACCCAGCCUAGGUCUGGGAAUGUUAGCUCAGCAGCUAGCGGUCGAAGCGUUUAUCCUCCGGUCCGGGGCUGCUUCUGAGCAUCCGGGAACUUCCCAGGUUGAGCCAGUCGUCGGAGGUUUUGAUGGCUUCCCCUGUCGGGGCUGCGUGAAGCCCAAAUGCUCAGUCUACGUCAGUGUCUCGCACAACAGCGCUGCCGCUUCGCUCAGAGCCAGUGGAAAUUUUGCAAAUUUUGUGUGGGCCAAGCGAGACAAGUGUGGAAAGGGGCGCUCACGCUAUCGCUUCGCUGCUGGGUCUGCAUCCAAAAUGGCCGCCAACGCCACUUGGGAAGAAAACGUUUACGGAGACUAUGAGGACUAUUCCGAUUCCGAAGACGACCUUCCCCUCCGGGACUCCAUGCACACUCUCUCCAUGGUGGUCUACAGCAUUGCCUUUGUGCUGGGGGUGGUGGGAAACGGCCUGGUCAUAUUUGUCACUGGCUUCCGCAUGAAGAGAACCGUCAACACCAUCUGGUUUCUCAACUUGGCCAUAGCUGACUUUGUCUUUACUUUCUUCCUGCCGCUGAGUGUGGCCCAUACGGCUCUGCGCUUCCACUGGCCUUUCGGGAAGGCUCUCUGCAAGAUCAACAGCACAGUGGCCUUCUUCAACAUGUUUGCCAGCGUCUUCCUCCUCACAGUCAUCAGCAUGGACCGCUGUAUCUCAGUGGCGUGUCCAGUCUGGGCCCAGAACCGCCGCACUGCCCGGCUGGCGUCUCUGGUAGCGCUGGGCGUCUGGGCCGCAGCCCUCAUGCUCAGCUUCCCACACUUUGUGUUCCGUGACACCAGAAAGUCACCCACCAAUGAGAAUAUCACUCACUGCUACAACAAUUUUGCCCUGUCUGCCGAUUUCCAGUCAGAGGAAGUCGCCAGGCUGGAGCAGUAUCGACACCGAGCCAUGGUGUUGACCCGUUUUGUGGCCGGCUUCCUGGUGCCGUUCACCGUCAUUUUGGUCUGUUACGGCAUCAUUGCGGCCAAGCUGAAGGGAAACCGGCUCACCCGCUCUGGGCGGCCGUUCAAGAUCAUGGUGGCCGUGGUCUUGGCCUUCUUUAUUUGCUGGUUCCCUUACCACGUCUUCUCCUUCCUCGAGAUGUCGUUGGCCAUGGUAACGCCCUGGCAACAGACGCUUCUGGUGGUGGGGACACCCUUGGCUUCAGGCUUGGCCUAUCUCAACAGCUGCCUGAAUCCUUUCUUGUACGUCUUUGUGGGGCAGGAUUUCAGAGAAAAGUUGCGGAUGUCCGUCCUCGCAGCUUUUGAGAGUGCCUUCAGUGAGCCCUCAGCUCAGGUUUCCCUGCCUCUCACUAAGAGCAAAUCCAGCUCGGGUGUCGACAAUCACCUGGUCUAG